AUGACCACCGAUCCUGUUGUUUCGGGCCUCCAACCCUUUUCCCAUCUCAAAUCGGGCCCGACUACUUCCAGCUCCAAGUCAACAGCCGUUCCAUCUUCCACGACCACCACUGCUCCUUCGCAGUCUUCCCACCGGGCGCAGCAGGUGAAGAAUGUGUACCGCGAUGAACAACCCAAUGGCACAAGCGACAAAGCCAGCACUGCACUGAUUCGACGCGUGCUUUGUCCUCAUCUGGGAAGCUAUGGCGGUGCCACUUCCCCGUAUGCUCCAGAGGAGCUAUUACCACCGCUUACGAGCUCGAAUGACGUUGACCGUCAACUUUACGCUUUAAUUGCCAUAAUAAUAAAGGAGUUUAUUUCGUCCUGGUAUUCGAAGAUUACAUCCGAUCAAGCUCUUAUCAAUGAGGUGAUCCAGCUGAUCGCGCACUGCACCCGAGCCCUUGAGCAAAGGCUGCGGGAGAUCGAUAUUGCACAGCUAGUUCUGGACGAUAUCGCUGGAUUGGUGGAGGGACAUAUCAUUUCUUAUCGACUGGCCAAAGAGCAGUCCGAGCUAUCUGGACUAUCGCCAUACCCGCGCGAGAUAUACCAUGCUUUGAAUCCGCAUCCAGGCCUCUCACCUGUUCCGAACCCCUCUGAUACGAAAUCUGUUUCUCAGCAGCGAGAUAACGAAGCUACAUACCGACGAUUAUUAGUGAACGGCGUUUUGGCUAUUCUUCUUCCGACUGAGGACCUUGAGAAUGCAUGCUUGCGGACCUUGACGAGCGACAUCCUGGCUGACCUUAUCCUCGGAAACGAAGUGAGUGGGAAGGUUUGCGAAGGUAGGUUCCUAUGGGAGAGUACAGCUAAGCUGCUGGAAGUGAUCUCAAGAAACAAGGGUGGCGACAAGGUUGAUGGGAUAGGAUCAAAGCUAUCUCGUCCAAACCAACUACAACAAUUUGGCCUGCUGUCAAGCAAAGAUGGCGAGAAUGAUCACACGUCCUUGACUUCCCAACCGCAGACUCCAAGCUGGAUAUGGCGCAUUAUUCAGUAUGCCUUUUUCGCAUAUGUGACACUACGCUUUAUUUUGUCGGGCCUAUUUCGCAAAGCGUCCACAGCCCCGGCGAUGUUUGUUUCGCGCCCAACUCGUUCGCGUAGACUUGUGGACGAGUUAGGCACGAAACACGGCGACAUAGGAAAGCGCCCGGUGCUUGGUUAUCGACUCUAUGGCAUGCUGUCGCAGUUACUGGAUAUCCACCAGCGAAUGCCAUGGCUAGGAGGACUGUUAGCCCUCCUCCAGUAUUUAAUCCUGGCGGGUCCAGGAAGAGUAGGAGAUACCAGCAGUACUCUUGAUAGGUUCCUCCACGAGAACAUCCAGGAGUAUGUGCUCACCCCCACCUUGUUACCCAAUCUUCUACUCGCAUCGCGAGAGGCGCUUUUCCCGCAUAAUACUCGUCCGAAACCUGGAGGGAGUGUCAAUCGCACCGAAGAGCCGACAUCGACUGCGUCAACCCCGGUAGGGGGGCAGCCAUCCACUAUCAAUAAUAAUAAUACGCAGGCGACUCCCGCAUCCGGCGGCAAUGCAAUAACACAGACUCAUAUAGCGGCGACUGCGGGAUCGUCUUCCUUGUCGCCGGAUCAGCAGCGGCGCGCCUCAAACGCCGCCGAAGUCGCCUCGAUAAGGCGCAAGUGUGCACUCGGGAUUCUAUCCCUGAUACCGCGCCCAAUCGCACGCCGUGUGCUCGGAGUUGCGUCGGAGACUGGUAUUAAGAGAAAUUUGAUGCCUCCUCGAUUUCCGGCUCAAGCUCUGAGCCAAUGUCAAGAUUCCGAGCCUGAAGCUGGAGACCCAGGCCAUGCCUUUAUGCCCCCUGACGGGGCCACCGACAGUGACGGUGACGCGGAAGAGGAGCUCCUCGCCUCGACUAUUGAGACCGAAAUCCUGGAUUUGUUCGCAGAUGAGUACUGCAACAAGCAUCUAAUUUACUCGAUCAUUGAGACUGUACUCGCGAGGCUCUUGCCUGAGUUGUCGGAUCGUAGUAUUGCUGAGCUGAUGGAGGACAGGGGAGUUUUCGUACCCCCUGGUUGA